AUAUAAAUACAAACUAUGCAUAGAUAUUAAAAAUAACAGAUUUUCUCGGGGAGAAAAUGAAUAUUUGAUCCAGGGUUUGGAUUUGAGUGUAUUAUUGACAAGUAAAGUCGAUGUGUGGUGACAAGAUUUGUUUUUCCUACAUGAGAUAUUUCUUUUUAUCUGUUCGCUGGUUAGUUACUGUUUCUGGAGUAGUUAAUUACUGAAAAGCUCGUAAUUGUCAUCAGUUAGACGAGAUAGUCCAUAGUUUAGAAUUUAUCAGAUUUCGGCGUCAGUGCCUGCACUGUAUAUGCAUUAUUGGUCGCCAUUAUUGACAAUUUAUUUAGUAAAGGACAUCAUCUGUUAGCGCUACUAGCGUGAUUUGGUUCCGUAAAAAUACGGCAACUCGUAUCAGUCUUUCACUGAGAUACCAUAAACAUUUGAAUGUUAAGGCGAUAAAAUGAAGUGUGUUUAAAAUUGUUGUUCGGAUUAUUCAACGUUUCAAGAAAAAAAUGGAUUACAAUUGUUUGAUAUUGGAUACGAUUUGAGGGGGAAAUAGAGGGAAAAUUGUAUGAAAUGACGUAGUGAAUGGAUUAUGGUGUUAGAGGCCAGAUUAAAAUCGGGACCCAGGCGGUGGCGCUGGGGAACAUCUUAUGAUUCCGACUCAGAGGACAGGCAAGACCCUCCUACGUUGUGAAACUCCCCUGUAUUUACUACUCCUGCUUUUUAAAAAUACUGCAAUUUAGGUGUUUUAACAUAAUUUUGUCCGUUCUUUUUUUUUGUGUAUUUAGGCUCGAACGGGUUUUCCUGCCGCUUUUGUAAGAAAUAUUUUUCAGUCUGUAAAGCUUUGGUAGUUUUUUUCCAGGAAAUUUUAGGAUUCUUGUCAACUUACUUGCUGUAGAAAAUUGUAAAAGCAAUCGAUUUGGAGGACGUUUGUUAUCACUUUAUGGGCUGCUUAGUUGCACAGUAUUAGUGGUGUGGAAACAUGUAGAAAAAAGGGCCAUACGUGUGUCUUGGAUUAAAAUGGAUUUAUGCUCUGUUAGCGCGGAAUAAAAAAAAGUAGUUCUGACGUGUUUGAAACCACGUCGCUGACUCUCUAAAUGUUGCACGUGAGCUCGUGCGCGAGUGCCAAGGAAGGCUCAAGUUCCGGUCAGGGACGGGACGGCGAACUUGGCGGGAAUUUACCGUCUGGUACCCGAACAGCUGGACGUUACUCACUCGAGCGGCAAAGUAGACAGCGUGAAUCGUUCUCGGUACCAGGUGAUAGCAGCGCGCGUAAGCACAAAGAUAGUAAAUCUGAGAGUACAAAAGUGUCUGUAUCACCGCUUAUAACAAGUACAGCUCCUGUAGCGGUACCUGAAAAUGUGCAACAUAUCUCAGCAAUUACAACAAUGACGACGACGGACGUAGGAUCGGCAGCGGACCGUUUUUAUCCGUCGUCGGAGGGUUAUAUCCCUGAUCCAAGUGCAAUAAUACGCGCGAAGGAGUUAUCGAAACGGGUAAUUCUAAAUGUUGGAGGUACGAAACAUGAAGUCAUGUGGAGGACCUUAGAUAGAAUGCCGCAUACGAGAUUAGGAAAGCUUAGAUUUUGUAACACGCAUGACAGUUUAAUGGAAUUAUGUGAUGAUUAUUGCCUCUCAGAACAAGAGUUUUUCUUUGACCGACAUCCACGGUCAUUUGCUUCAAUUUUAAAUUUUUAUCGAACGGGGAAGUUACAUAUUGUAGAAGAAAUGUGUGUAUUAUCAUUCAGUGAGGAUUUGGAUUAUUGGGGUAUCGACGAGUUAUAUUUAGAAUCGUGUUGUCAACAUAAAUAUCACCAGAAAAAAGAAAACGUUUUUGAAGAAAUUCGCAAAGAGGCGGAAAGUUUACGACAACGCGAUGCAGAAGACUUUGGUACAGGACCUUGUGCAAAAUGGCGGGAAAAGGUGUGGAACCUUUUGGAAAAGCCAACGACCUCCAUGGCUGCAAGGGUUGUGGCCAUUGUUUCCAUUCUAUUUAUCGUGUUAUCUACCAUUGCAUUGACUUUAAAUACUAUGCCGCAAUUCCAAGAAACAAAAGUUGUGCCACAGCAAACUACGGAUGCUGAUAACGAUUCUCCUACUCAAAAAACUACUAAAAGGGACACAUCAAAUGACAAUCCAGAUUUAGCAAUAGUUGAGGCAGUUUGUAUUGGUUGGUUCACAUUAGAAUAUUUAGCAAGAUUUUGGGCGUCACCUAAUAAAUGGAAAUUCUUUAAAGCUCCUUUAAAUAUAAUUGACCUUCUAGCAAUUUUACCAUAUUUUAUUUCACUUGGUUUGACUGAAACAAACGAGAACACGACUGCCCAGUUCCAAAAUGUUCGUAGGGUGGUUCAGAUAUUUAGAAUAAUGAGAAUACUUAGGAUAUUGAAAUUAGCAAGACAUUCUACCGGUCUUCAGUCGUUGGGUUAUACUUUGCAACGUAGCUAUAAAGAAUUGGGCUUAUUGCUGAUGUUUUUAGCGAUCACAAUAUUGUUGUUCUCAAGUCUCGCCUAUUUCGCUGAAAAAGAUGAAGGUGGAACUAAGUUUACCAGUAUUCCAGAGACAUUUUGGUGGGCGGCAAUUACCAUGACUACGGUCGGAUACGGAGAUAUAUACCCGACGACCGUCAUUGGCAAGAUAGUUGGUAGUGUGUGUUGUAUAUGCGGGGUGCUUGUUAUAGCGUUACCUAUUCCAAUUAUUGUAAAUAAUUUUGCGGAGUUUUAUAAGGAUCAAAUGCGUCGAGAAAAAGCGUUAAAGCGACGUGACGCAUUAGAACGCGCUAAACGAACUGGAAGUAUUGUUUCAUUUCAUUCUAUUAACCUCCGUGAUGCAUUUGCCAGAAGUGUUGACCUUAUGGAGGUCAAUAUUGGUAGCCAAAGAGGCACAAAUGACGAGGGUAGCAUUGACAGCAAGAACGCUAGUCCUCCAAUGUGUGUGAUGAAGGUCAAUAAUGAGGGAAAUAAGAAUGGUUCCGGUAACGAAAGCUGCGAGUCAAAGAGCCUUCCAGGGUUGUCAAAUCCAAGUGCGACCAACCUAAUGGACGCCGACGAGGAAUCCCUACGGAGAAUGACGUCAUCGCAACCGGAACUGAAUGCAAACAUACAGGGCCAGAGUUGUACCCAAGCCACGCCGUACGGUGUCACGGAAAAACCAUGCAUAGAACUGAAGGCACUUGCACGACAAUAUAGUACCACGAGCAGUAGCGACACCUACACCUCUUGCAUGACUCAUCUACCCACAAGCCCAAGUGUAAAGGGACAUAACUUGCAUAAUUCAGUUUUGGAUACUCCGUUAAAAAAUAAUAUCUAUGUAAAUCCGCUUGGAGAAUCUCAUAGUUUUACUAGUUUGCCAUCAAGUAAUCUUGCAAGUGCAAAUAAUAAAAGUGCUUCCAUUAAAGUUUUUGAUUUAGAUAAUAAAACAUUUAAACAAUGUGAAAAUGAUAAAUGUGACUCGGACGAUGUUUUUUCAAAGGAAACUAUCCACAAUGUGGAUUUAAGUAGAAGGGCAAAAUGGCAGCGUUUUAACUCUCAGCCUCCGUUACAGGGUGAAGGACGUUGCCAUGACAACGUCCAUGCUGUAACAAUAAAAGCUCAGACGAGUGAGAGAGGUGGAAGUUUGAAAAGACACCGGUCUGAAACCUCACACGAAAGACAUCUUCAUUUUGGAGAUGUAAUGGAGCGAACAUUCUCGUCCACUGACAAUAUUCGUGAUAUGCAAGCUAUUCCGAAAUCGAAAUUAAAAUUUCAAAAGGCCGUGUCCCUUGCAAGUAAACUUCAUGGAAGUCCUUCCACAGGUCGCAAGCUUGCGAACUACCAUCUUAUAAUUAACCCGAAGUCAGGAGGACUGUUCGACAGUGCCCAUCACCUGUUAGACGGUAACGAUUCUCUCCAUAGCUCACCAACCCGUCGCUCCACCCCUUCACUUGUGAACAUUCCCCCACCGAAACGUAAAUCUAUUCUCAAAAAAGACAUUCAACAUAAGGAUGAAUCGGAAAACCUUCUGGCCUCAAAUAGGAAAAACGUCUUCUACGGUAUUAACAAAGGGGAGUCGAAGUCGUUCGACAGUAGUAACAAUGGCGUUCAGACAUUUAUAGGUAUCAAUGAUAAUAUUAACACGACUGCUGAUCAAACAAUCUCUCCUAAUGCAAUUAAGAACAAUAACAUAUUCGAUGAAAAUGUAAAAACGGGUAACUUUGAGAACAAUAUGCACCAAUCGAACCUAGCUCAGCAGCCUCUACCAAAGAAGCAGCCAUCUUGUGAUUCCUACACGGACGAGAGUCAAUUAAAUACAUUUGACAAAUCAGAGGAAGAAAUUCUUUUCAGUGAUAGUGUAGCUCUAAGUGCGUUUAACCCAAGCAAGGCAAACAUUUGGCAAAACUCUGAUAUCCAUGGUAUUAUAACGUGGCAAACCGACACAAGUCCCUCUGACAAUCUCGAAAAUGAUGAGAACUAUUUUUUGUCUCUGUCACGUGACCAAACGCCCUCGGAGGAUCAUGAACCUAAUAACGGCUUCCAUAUCUCAUCGUCAUCGUCACAAUUUUCUCCAGACAACAUGGACGUUAGACAAACAAGGGAUAGCAGCGAUCAUUCAACUUUUGAUUCAAAUUUUGACUGUGGUAGUGAUUAUAGUAAUAGAUCUAGCAAUAGAGUGAUUCCUUUAGAACAGUUAAUGCAGCGAAUCCAGCGUACACCAUCGUGUGACACAACUCCGACCAUUCCAUCACCAGGAGCGAGCGGAUGAAUACUUUAUUCAUUAGACUGAAAAAACUCCAUCACGUGACUGGUCAGCGUAAAUACACCAACAAAGUCCAUUUGUUUUGUGGAAGAAUAUUAACAAUGUGGUUGCAGACGACAAGCGGAUGAUACCGGAUACGUCAAACGGUCACAUAAUGCACUUACCUCUUCAGUAACAUGGGUGAUCUUUUCUUAGUUGAAUCUGUAAUGGUUUACACAGGUGGCGCUUUCAAAUCAACCUUAUUCAUUUGUUGAAAGUUAAACUGAGGACGAAUGUAUUUAUUUCAUGGAAGUUGUUUGUGUAUAUGUUAUAACAUUUGUGACCCCGAAAUCAAAAUGAUGGCCAGAGGUUUUUUCUGCAUAUUGUUGAUUUCCAGUCUUUUCUAGCGACAAAAAAUUGUUAAAUUGUUCCGAUUUGCAGAUUAUUUUGGAUUCAAUAAAAUGCAUGUAUGUGUCCAUUUAAUGCCAACAUUUCCUUAUGUAGAUAAUCGGUUUUUUUUUAAAUAUUACAUAGAUUUAGCAAUUGGUUUACAUUUAUUAUCAUGAUACCCCUUUUUUCAAUCCAUUUCAUAAUAAUGAAAGUUUUUGUGACACUUAUUGAAUGUAAAGGAUCCGUAAUGACAUUCGGCAAUUUCCGUGACAGCACUUCAUGUUUGUGACUUGUUCGGCAUACUUCAGUUGUUACUGGAUACAAAAAACUAAACACGACUGGAAAAUGACGAAGCAUCAAGUUCAUAUGCGUUACUAAAACGGAAAUUGCCGGGCAAUACGGAUCUUGAAGGUGUACUCAUUUAAAGUGCUUUUAAACAAAACAUGUUCUGAAAAUCGAAAUACCCUUUGAUUAUGGGGACAUAAUAAAUAGUUUGAACGUUUUAAGAUGCAUUAGAAUGCUUUUAUUUAGAGACUAGUUAUUUACAGUGAAAGAUACUGUAUUGUUAAUUAUUAUGCUUUUUGCUCAAUAUUUACAUAACCGUCUAGUCGGUUUAAUACUUGAUUAGAUUCUUACAGAUUGAAAACAUCAAAUUUAGGACUCAAGAAUUCAAGACCAGGGUUAUUUUGCAUAAUAAUGUGUAUUAUAUAUGAAUACAAAAGUGGUCUUUAUCUCAAAGGCUCCCAUACAGGCUGUCUAUUUAUCUUAUGCUAUUAGAAUAAACAAUGUGAAGUUAUUCCUCCCGCAAUCCUCACGGGAUUUAAACUCAUACAUAAGACGGCCUUUAUCAUAACUAUCAUUAUCUGAUUCAUAAUUGCCAUUACCUGAAUCAUAAGUGAAUGCAGUAUUACUCAUCCAGGACUUCCUGUAAUAAAUAAGACAGUUCUCUUAAAUUUGUUUCAAACCUAACGUGCUGCCACAGGGGCAUACGAGCGCCUUUCUAGGCUUUAUGCGAUUUAUUGCAUAGCUGGUGGUUAAUAUUGGUAAGAAAUUGGCUCUACGCCAUGCAAUAUGUGCCCAUAAAGCAUACCAGAAAAAAAACGAAACGAUUUGUUUCUUUAAAAACAGAAUUAAUAAAACUGCAAAGUAAUGAAAUAUUUGUCCUAUGAAAUCGGUAAAUGAAUUUGUACUUUAAUGGGUCCUCUUUAUAUUACUCUCAUUAUCACUUUCAGUAAUUGAAAUUGUUGGGGAGUUUCAUUUUGUCGUAUCAAACGUCUGAUCUCUUUUACACCCAAUGUAUUAAUGUGCAAUAAUGUUAUUUUUUCAAUUAAAACCUCUUUAUUCAAUGGUAAUGUUACAACAUUGUGAAACUCCUGUGUAAUUCUAUACGGAAGAGAUAUUUUUCCUCUUUAAAUUAUAUAGAUACAUAUACACUCAGUUCAAAUCUAAACGUUCUUAUUUUUUAGUAUUUAAGUACAAAAAUGAAAUUGAUAACGACAACAGAAUGAGUUCUUUAUAGUUUUAUAACUUUUAACAAAAGCAAUGGACUGUCAUAUUACGAUUGACUAGAUUGGAUAAUGGGGCAAUUUUUUUAGGCUCUGACAAUAACAGUGGUUACACGGCGUCAUGGGCGCGUCACUCAAUGUUCAACUUAAAAAAUGUUUCACUCCGGCCGGUACCCGCUUGUUCCUAAAAUAAUGCAGGAAAGGGCAACAGAGUCACCGUUUAACCUUAAUAGUGCCGAUGUGACCUAAACUCAAACAUGCAAAUUAUGGAAUGUUUGCAUAUAGAAUCUUAAGUCUCAAUGUUGAGACAUUGUUUAAUUUUACGAGAAUCAGAUUUAAUAGCGUUAAGAAAUUCGACUAAGUAUAUAUAUCAUUUUCUACCUUUUGUCGCCACAUUAUAUACAUCUUAAUGGUUUAUACAGUGUACUAAUGCUCUUCAAAAAAAACCAUCAAUUGUAAAGUACUAGUAAAUUAAAACGUAGAAUGAUAUUGGGAAAUUUAAAGACAUUUGCACUCGGAAAAAAAACCCAUUUUAUAUUGGUUUAGAAAUUAAACGGGAAUUGUAUGCACUUUCCGACCUACGCUAUUUGGAUUCCGUAUAAAAGUACAGGAUUUCUUCUGCAGGAAAACAACAACAGUUGUAAGGUCAAGGUCACGGUAACUAUUUAACUACGUUACAGAUAGAAAUCUGUUAAAGUUUGUUUCUAAGACAGGAAUAUUUGGCUCCUUUUUUUCUUUAUUAAGGGAGGCAUUUGCUACAUUAUUCAAUUACAGAAGAUUAGGAAUAAUGUUGUUUUCAUUACUGAAGUGUUACGUAUCUAAUAAAGUAUUCGAACGUUUUAGCGUCAUUACAUAAAUAAAUAUCCUGUCAAUUGUGGACUUCAAUUAAACGUAAAAGAAUCUGAGAAAACAUCAAAUUUUACUGUGUUAAUCAUUUUUUAAAACAUUGUUGUCCAUUCUACCUCACAUCUGCUUUGUAAUUUUGCGUUCACGGUAUUAUGCACGUGUGUUUAUUGCCAUGGUAAUUCUUUAUAUGUACAUGUUUAUUUUAUUCUAUUUAUAUCGUAUUAUAGAGCCCAAAACACAACAAUGUCUGAAAUUGCUGACACUGCCCGUGACAAUUAUGGUUUACUGAUUUCAAAUCAAUUGUUGAUAUAAAUAGACUGUUUGCCCUUUAGGUUUGGAAUUGUCAGUAAUUGGCUGCCGGGAAAGUUUCUUGGUAAAUGGAAUAUAUGAAACUAAUACGCCAUUCAACCCAGCUUCGUAUAAUAAAAGUUUGACAUAUCUGAUCAAAAACUUGAGAAAACAAGAAUUUUACCAAUACUCAGCGAAAUUUAUAGUUUUAGGCGUAAAUCUAUUUUGUAUUGCAUUAAUUUUCACCGGACUGUUUGUUGCAUCAACGUCACUAGAUGAAAUAUUAGACUGAACGUAAAUUGCGGAGAAAUUGGCUUACAUGUACACUCAUGUACUUUUCUUGUAAAUGGUGACAUUUUCCCUGGUAAGUUAUUGGAUUAGGAAUUCCUGAACAACCGCGACAUAGCUAUUUUAACAGCAAAUAAUCUUGGUGUUUCCUGUCGUCUGCUAAAACGACAAAAAUUGCGCAAAUGUAAACCUUUCUACUCAUUGAAUGUUUUUUUGUUAUUUUUUUUUUUAACAAUGGAAUUUAAUAUUUGCAUUUAGAAAUGAAUGCUUUACAUUUUAAAAGUAUACUGGGAUUUGAUUAUUUCCCAAAUACUUGAAAUAUUGCUGCGUUCCUUAGAACACGGUUGCGUGCUAUAGAUCGAUUUUCUACGUGGUUUCUAUGGAUACGGUUUAUCUCUGUAUUGGAACUAGUGGCAACUCUGAUUUUAUUUCCAAUCCAUUUAAAUGGACAGGAUAAAAAAAGCUAUAGUCCGUUUCUUGAAGGUGUAAUAUCAGAGUACCUUAGACUCAUAAUGCUCAAAAAUAAAACUUUUCACAGCAAACUUUAAAAAUACGCUUGUGUAAAUAAGGUUUUAAUGUAACUUAAUACCGUGUAUUUACUGGUUUAUUUCCAUUUAAUAUUUAAUUUCAUUCACAUAUUGCAGUAAAAGCAAUCUUAAAAGGUUGAAGUUCAAAGACGUCAUAUUAUGAUUUUGUUUUAAAAAAAAACAGCAUUGCCAAUGUCUUGGAAUAGCUUUUUCUAUUUCUAUAUGUUUAAAAUAUCAUAUACGUAUAUUCUUUUUUCAAAUCGAACAGGUUUAAUAUAGUCUUUAAUAUUUUUAAUUGGUUUUUAUUUACUUAUUCCAUGAGAUAGGAAGCAAUAAUGUACAUAAAUCACAAACAGUAUUUUGAGAAGAGCUGUAAAUAGUGUGUUACGUAACUAAAUUUUAUUCAAUUUUUAGAGGACUAAAUUAUUCACUUUUUCAUUUUUAUUCAGACUUAAGAAUAUGAGCAAAAAUAAUGUAGGCUAAAAAGGUUUAAUCAUUCAAUCAAAUUUGUAGCAGAUUCGAUUCUAAACAAACCCUCCUAUAACUUAAGAUAUGAAUAUUUAUUAUCAGAAUACAUGCAUAUUCAAUUAGAAAAAAAAACAUGCAUAUUCAUGCAUUUUCAUUUGAUAAGAAUGAGAUAUGCAAAUUUUAAGAAAAACAUGUAGACAAAAAUUUAACUUAUUUUUAUUACACGAAAGUAAUAUUUUCGAAAUAAUGACUGAAUAAUUUAUACAUCGUGACGAAAUUUUGCGACAAUAUGUUAUUAAGUAAAACGUACUGGUAAUAUAAGUAGGUUAUUUUAGGAUUUCCAUUAUUGUGCUAUCUUUUUCAUUAACAUUAAUAAGCACACAUGUUUUGUAAUUAGAUCUACAUAGAAUCAGAAACAUUUACUUUAUUGAAAACAUUUAUAAAUAUAGGCUAUUUCACUUCUAAAUAUUUCAAUAAAAACAAAUUUAAAAGUUAUAUAUACUUUUUUUAUAUCUAAAACGGUAUUGAGAUGCUUCAAUUAAUCUGCCGAUUUUUUCUCAAAGUUUUU